AUGGCGGUCAACGCAACUGCGCCUGCGGGCACCACGAUGGCAGACCUGCCGUUGGAAUAUCUCAGUCUUUACCAUACCGUCGAUCCCUACCUCUCCUCUAUCCUAGUCUUCUAUGGCCCGGUUGCGACAGCAAAUGCCACCGUGAGCAGCUCGCGCAUUCAAGCACACAUCUUUACACCUGCUGGUUUCCAAAGCUAUUCACGAAUCACCAUUUCACCCGCCGCACCGCUAUAUGCUGCAGUCAACCAUCUACCACGCGAGAAACAAGGUGAUCCAGUGGCUCGGGCGCUUGCGGUCAGCAUGUUGAAGUAUUUCGCUGAGCUGUCAGAUCCGCUGAGGAAGCGGCUGACGGACCCCGCUCGGACGGGUCAGCGCGAGAAGAUCCCAAAGCUAUUUGAUGAAAUGCAUGCUGCAGAAUUGGCUAAUCGCAUGGUGAAAGUCGAGGACUCAUCAGAUAUUGUGCGCGACAUUCGGAGUGCUUAUCAGGAACGCAGAGCUCCUUGGGUUGACAUGGAUGUUGUGCUACCGGUGGGAACCAUUCAACCCCCUCGGCGGCGGGAUAGCGCUGGCUCCGACAUUGAAGCGACACAAACAAUUCAAUAUGGCCCAUAUACGCCUCUUAUCCAAGCCUUGGGGGAUCCGAUGUUUCUGCCCACAUCAAGACUCAAACGCGCACCCUCACAGCCUACCAAUGUCAGCAAGUCGCGGAUCUUUACACGCAACCAAAAAGAGGCCCUUCGAUUGACAAUGUGUGAGUUUGUGGAUACCGAGGAGCGAUAUGUUGCAAAAGUGUACUCUCUGGUUCACGAGGUGGCGGAUGAAUUCCGGCAAAAGGCCCAACGCAAAGGACCCACGAGCGCCAGCCCGGAUGAGAAAGCGUUAGAGGCACUUUUCCCACCCUGUUUGAAUGAGAUCCUGGAAGUCAAUCUCGGAUUUCUUGAUGUAAUCCGACACGUACUCGAGGAAACGGAGAGAGAUGCCCUCGAGGAUAUCAGUCAAGACACCGAACUUCCCGCAUCCGGUUCACAUCGCGGCUCGUCGAGGGACGCCAGAGAUGCUAUCGGCGCAACUGUAUUUGCUAGGGCAUUGCUGGACUGGCUACCCCAGUUCUCACAACCCUAUGCGGAUUACAUGCGAGCGCAUACUGGGUUUACGCAGACGCUGAACUCUUUCAUGAAAGACAAAGCUUCAAGCUUUUCCCGGCGAGUCUACGAGACUGGGGAGCAGAGACUUCGAUCAUUGUUGAUGGAACCUGUUCAACGUCUCCCUCGGUACAGCCUUUUGAUUGACACCAUGACAAGCAAUCUGCCGCUAGUCCACCCUGCCGUUCGUCCUUUACUGAAAGCUCGCGAUGUUGUGAAGGAUAUUUGUGCGCUGGACAACGCUUCUCCAUCUGGCCAUGCACAAAGUCUGCGGCGUCUAAGGGCGCUUGUUGAUGGAUGGCCGGCAAAGACCUUCCCCGAGGGUCGGCUGAUUACAGCAGUGGAUGUCAAUGAGAUUCCACCUCCGUAUCAACUGGAUGCUCAGGCCUCAGGAUCUGCAGCCGGAAUCAUGCUGCUCUACAAGAACUGUUUAGUCCUACUCGUCAAGGCUACCGAAAGUCGAAUUACCGCGCGUGGGUUGUUAGCCGACAUUGAUAAUGCGGCGUCGUCGACCAACGAUGCUACAACGUCCUUACCCCCGGGAGAGCUCAAGGUCGUUCAAGUGCUCGAGCUUCAUGCAGUCCGCUGCACGCAGUCUACAUGCGGUCGGAUUCUCUUCAUUGUACCCGCCACACUCCCACUGGGCUCCGGUCCCGCAGACGGGAGCAAUGAUAUUCUGGCUUUGGAACUAACAGCCAUGUACGAGGCUAAGGUGAGCCGACUGAUCGAAGAGACCACGAAGGCGCGGAUCGAAGGGCGUUUCUCUGAACAGGAGAGAGAAGGUGGUAAAUGGACCUUGCGCAGUCCUCCUGCAGCCCCCAACACGGCAGGCAUCCUGGCAUGCGUCUGUGAAGAGGGUGAAAGCUUCGCGCUCAAUCAGGCCCAGGCGUCAUCGAUCCGGGUGGUCUUUGACACUCCGAAAACAAAAUGUACUGAGAUCAUGAAUGGGUCUAAUCUGGACGUUUUGCUGUCAAUAACUUCCAAUGGUGACCAAUUCAGGCUGGAAAUUGACUCUGUCAUCGGAUCUCCAUCUACGGAUUUUGUAUCGGCGGAGACAUUUGUUCCGACCCUUUCCAAACGCUUGCAAUCUCUGCUUUCGCCUUUGAACAGCACCAAGAACCCAAAAUUGGUGAAGCCGUUGGUACAUUCAAACUUCGAAAUUCUCCGGUACAUCGCGGGUGGCUUGAUCACAACAGUCAAAUCCUCACGCAGCUUCCGACCCCCUUCUCCCACGAAACUCAUAUCGAACCUUCUGGGAGGCAGCCGUGAGAAUGUCCCGACCAUCAAGCACCCAAGCUCAGCGACUCUACUUGGCGAAUUCCCGAAGAUGCCUCCUCCGAGGGCUAAUCUUUCCAGAUCCAAUACCCUUCCCUCUACUUUCCCCGGGAAAGACAAGGAGAAGGAGAAAGAAAAAGAAAAAGAAGAAAGCCCCAGCAAGAUCUCCGUGGUAGGAGCAUCGGGUGCUCAUGGACUAGAUGGUCAACUUGGAUCACUAGAACAAACCUUUGCUGCCUACGUGCUUUCCCUGCAAUCUCGCAGCGGUAAUAUUCUUGGGCGAAUGCUUCGUGCCAGAGACCAUGCGGAUCGUGCACCCGUCAAUGAGCUUUACAAUAUCCUGCUGGAAGAUCCGAGCAAAUUACAAGCAGCCGCUGAGGUGCCGGUUGACACACUCUUUGUUGCCUUUGAAACGUUCAUGAAGAAUGCCUGGAAAGAAAGCAUGGGCCCGGUAUUGGACCCGCAUGCACUCAAGCUGCUUCAGAACCAGUUUGAUACAAUGUUCCCACUUCAUUUCGAGGAGAAUUUCCGAAAGUUCCUCGUCGAGAUCAGCCCUCAGAACCGCCGGGCGCUGGCUGCAAUCAUUCGUCUUCUUGCCGAGCUGCUAGAUGCAUCAGGAAAUGACGGGGAUCGUGGGGCCCUGACGGUAGCAUUUGCCGAGGUCAUCACAGAAGAGGGAGACCCUGUGCAGCAUGUGUCUCUGUUGGAUCGCCUAGUCGAUGACUUUGACAAUCUCUUCGAGGAGUUUAUUCCCGGCGGCGCUUCAGUGGAGGGAACACUUAGCUGCGACCAAACCAAGACUUCGCAUGCAAACACGGGUUCCGUGAGCUCAAAUAGUUCAUCAUUCCGGAAGCGCUUCGGAUUCAGUCUGCACAAGGAGAGCGCAAAGGCCGAAGGCGAAAGCAAAGUUGCAUCAAUCCUACGAACUCUGAGCAAGAGACAGAGCCCUGGCGAUUCGGAGCCUAAUACACCCAAGGGUUCCUUGCUUCGCUCCAAAUCUACAGAUGUGGAUGCUCGCCUAGGCUUCCUUCGGCCAACCUCCCGUGAUCGUCCUUAUGGAUUUGCAUCCGAGGAGCAAAUCUCCAGGCCAGGCACUGGACAUGGGCAACCGCCAUCAUUGUCCUCCAUCCGAGGCAUAUCUCAUGAUGGCGUGGUUAAAAUUCGCAGAAAGCGAAGAAGUUCCUUGUCUGAUCUUCGUCCUGACACAGCUUCCUCUGAUGCAUCGCAUAUCUCUGCCACCCCCUACUUGCGCCCAGUGACCCCAUCAAACCGACCGCGAGCUGAGGUGACCACGCCAACUAGCCAGUCACGGCCUCAGAGCAGCUAUCUAGCGUCACCAUCUAGAGGUACAUCGCCCGCCAAGGGAACCUCGCCUGGUCGCCUGGGAUCGCCGAUUCGGCAAACAUCACCAACUCGCCCUUCCACCCCAAGUAGGAAGGAGAAUAUCGAUCCCAGAGUUCCACAGACUGAGAGGUCGACCAAGUCCAAGAGCCACAUUCCCGAUUCUCCAACCCAGGAAGCAAAGCGGCGAUCCCGCGCGACCAGCAUUCCGCAGCGGACCCCAGGCCUUCGGGAACGCGCUCCCGUGAAUGGCCCCGAAAUCAAGCGGCCACAGUCCUCGUCCUCGUCCCAAAAGCCGCAGAAGCUGCGGAUGCAAAGUCCUCAAAAGCUUCGCGAGCGCGUUCAAACCGAAAAGAAAACCCAAGCUACCAAUCAACUUGGGUUCCGAGACGAGCUGAGAGCUCUUGGGGAUGAAUUGAACAAUCUCAGGCUCACUGCGCCCAACAAGCCCUAUGUGGAGUCCAGCAUGGGUUCUUCGGAAGCACGCCAAUCUUCGGGAGCUGCGUUGUCCCUCGAAAGCCGCCUGAAGAGUCUCGAGGAGCGAUUCGAUAACAUGUCUGGCGAGUACAAUGGCCGAAUGUCUGCUCUUGAGAAAGACUUGGAGUCUUCUCUGAUCGUGAGCGAAAAGCGUGUGAGGAAGCUUGAUGAGCUCUACCGAGAGGCUAGUGCGGAGAAUGAAGCACUCUACGAUCGGUUCAACACGGAGCUCAGCAAGAUCGCUAGGGACGUCCGAAGCGGUAGUGCAGAGGAGACUAUGAAGUCUCAACUGGCCAAUGCACUGGAGGAGAUUAGUCGCCUCAAGAAAGAGAACUUCCGGCUCAAACGAGAAGUCGGAGGUCUCAGAGCCCAAUCGGCUGCUGUUGCAUUGCUACGAGCCAGUGAACAAUAA